CGGGAUCGGGAUCGGCCCCGGGAUCGGGAUGGCGGGGCCGGGGCUGGAGCGGUACCGGCUGGCGCUGCUGGCGGCGCGGGAAGACGUGGGGAACCCCCGGGCUGGCACCGACUGGGCCGUUUUUGGCUAUGAGAAGCACCACGACCUCAAGCUCCUGGAUUCCGGAGCCGGGGGGCCGGAUGAGCUCGCUGGAAAAUUCUCCGUGGGCAGCAUCAUGUACGGGCUGUGCCGGGUCCCCGAUCCCGGCUCGGGCACCCCCAGAAUUGUCCUGAUCAGCUGGGUGGGCGAAAAGGCGCCGGAAUCGCAGCGGGCAGCGUGCGCCGGGCACCUGCCGGCCAUCCGCAGCUUCUUCAGGGAGGCCACGGCCGUGAUCAGCGCCCGGCGGCCCGAGGAGGUGACGCUGGAGGGGCUGCGCCGAGUGCUGGCACAGCUGGCGCCCCCCGCCCCUCGCCCGCCCAGGAGGACCCCCCAGGACCCCCCCGAGCUGGUGGGCACCAACUACCGCAAGACCAACCCGGCGCUGGAGCUGCAGCGCACCCAGCGCGAUUCCUUCUGGGAGCAGGCGGAGCGCGAGGAGCAGCAGCGGAAGGAGCAGGAGAAGCAGCGGGAACGGGAGCAGCGGCGGCGCUGGGAGCGGGAGCGCAUGGAGGAGGAGCGGCUGCAGGCGGCGGAGCGGGAGCGGCGGCUGCAGGAGCGGGAGCGGCUCAUCGAGGAGCGGCGGCAGGAGCAGGCGCGGCUGGACGCGGAGGAGCGCAGGAAGGAGCAGGAGCGAUGGGAGCAGCAGCAGCGGGAGCAGGAGGCGGCCGAGCGGGAGCGCGGGGGUCGCACCGGGCUCAGCGGGACGGCGGCCGAAGCCGCCAUCCUGGUGUCCCAGCGCACCCAGAACCCCCGGGAAUUCUUCCGCCAGCGGGAGCGCUCGGGGUCCACGUGCACAUCGCCGUCCCCGCUGGCCGGCAGCGCCCCCGGUGCCCGCCGGCCGUUCCUGCGGUACCAGCGCAGCCUGACGGAAUCCGCCUUCAUCUUCCGCCGGCCGGAGCCCCCCCAGAGCCCCCCUGGCCGGGGGACCCCGCCCGCCAGCCCCCGCCGGCCGCCGCCGCCUCUGCCCCCCGGCCCCAUGGGGACAGCGACAGCUCAGGGUGCCACCAGCGGGACCCCCGCCAGCCCCAUGGGGAGGGGCACUCCAGGGACGCCCCCCAGCCCUGUGGGGACAGGGACCCCUCAAUGUGUCACCCUGGGGACCCCCGUCAGCCCUGUGGGGACGGGGAGCCCCCAUGCCACCAGUCCUAUGGGGACAGGGACCCCUCAAUGUGUCACUCUGGGGACCCCCGUCAGUCCUAUGGGGACAGGGACCCCCCAAUGUGGCGCCCUGGGGACGCCCCCCAGCCCAGCCCGAGCAGGGUCCCCCCAUGCCGCCAGCCCCUUGGGGACAGGGACCCCCCAAAGUGCCACCACCGGGACUCUCCACACCCCCCUGGGCACAGGGACCCCUCCCUCUGCCCCCCCAGGGAGCCCCCCCAGCCCCGUGGUGACGGCCACCCCCCAAAGUGCCACCACCGGGACCCCCUCCAGCCCCCUGGGGACGGGGCCCCCUCCCUCUGACACCCUGGGGACCCCCGAUUUUGUCACCACCAUCUCAGGGUCCCCCCAGGCCGUGUCUGGGUCCCCUCCCAGCCCCCCCCGCUCGGGGGUCCCCCCUGGGCCGGGGUCUCCUGAAAGCGCUUGUGGGGUGCAGCCCCUCCCCCCUUGCAGCGCUCCGGGUUUGGGGUGUCCCCCCAGCCCCCCCCGGGAUGUGCAGGGCCCCCCCCCGGACAGCCCCCCCCUGCCCAGCCCCCCAGCAUGGGAAUCCCUGGGGCCGCUGCUCGAGGGGGUCCCCAGCCCGCGGGAGGGGUCCCCAAAACCCCCAGAACCCCCGGCCGGGCCCCCCCGGCCAACCCCCGGCCGGGCCCCCCGGCCGCUGCAGGACCCGCAGGAUUUGGGGCGCAAUGGAAUCGGGGGGCACGAGUGGGGGGGCUGGGAAGCCCCCUGGGAGCCGGGACCCCCCCCGGGACAGGGGGAGGAGCCCGGCGAGAGCCUCGUCCUGCACAAAGCCACGCCAGGCUUCGCGCUGCUGCUGGCCCGGGACGCCCCCCACCCACCGCUUUUGGGGGGCUCCAACCCCCCCAACGAGGACGAGGACCUCUCCCCCCACGCUGUGUAAUUGAGGGGGGCUCAGCGCCUCCUUCUGGGGUGGGGGGGUCCCCCCUAUGGCACCACAGCACAUCCCCUUCCCCUCACCCCCCAGCACAGCCCCCACCCCCCACUGCACCCCAAAAGAGCAGCUUGGGAGGGGGCAGCACCCCAAACCCCCCUCCCCCCACAUGGGCACAGGGACCCCCACUCCCCCUCCCCACCCAAAAUCACACACAGCAGCUGUUAAAUAAAUUUUAAUGCAAA